GCCAACAUAUUUGCAAAUUGUCACCUUGGUACAAAUAUGCUUAUUGUGCACCCAUCCCGGAACUCGUUUCACUUCGACCAAAAGGUUAGUCAGGUGAACCAACGAGCGAGUAUAAAACUUUCGACCGAUUAUCAACUCAACCAAGUCGUCUUCGGAACUUACUGGUGAGCCUCACGCCCCGUACUCUGAGCAAGAACGCAACGUUUGGUACAGUUCUACUGCCCCCGUUUUACCAAACCCCCGACUACCGACUACUCUCCCCAACAAUGACUAAGUUCGUCUGCGUCGCGCUGGUGCUGGCUUGCAUCGCUGUCACGACCGUUCACGGUCAGUUCAGCACGAACGUACAGUGCAGCUCGUUCAACGACUGCAUCUGCAAGCUGCCAAAGAUCAUCGGAGCGGUGGCCGGACGUACCGCUACAGCGAACAUUCGCAACCCGGCCAACGGUGAGGCGUACGUGCUGGACCUUUCCCGACCAUCGCAGGCCGUCACCGACUACUGCAACAAGCUGAAGCAGGGACUUAAACCAGCAGUGCCGUUCAAGGCUGUCAAUGCAUCCAAAGUUGCCCAGGUUCAAGCUCUUCUUGCUCAACGUAUGGCUGCAAUGAGAGGUUAACUGGACUGGACGGUUACGCAUUUUUCUCGACUCGGAUUGACGGACAAUAUAUGAACGAUGAAUUUUCGGACUAAAUCAUCAAAGCGCC